AUGGGUAAUUCGAGCGGGAAGCCCCUGGGACCGCCUGGCGAAGAAGUGAACCUCAAUCACUUCCGCCUGCUUCGAGUCGUCGGCAAAGGAGCAUUUGGCAAGGUUCGCAUCGUCGAGGAGAAGCACUCCGGCCUCACAUUCGCUCUCAAGUACAUUCGGAAGGAUGAAGUGGUACGAUCUGAGAGCGUGCGGAAUAUCAUAAGAGAGCGGCGGAUGCUGGAACAUCUCAACCACCCAUUCCUUUGCAAUUUGCGUUUCAGCUUCCAGGACAUUGAGUAUCUGUAUAUUGUGGUGGAUCUAAUGAAUGGCGGAGACCUGCGCUUUCACAUCUCGAGGAAGACCUUCACCGAAGAAGCUGUACGCUUCUGGAUAGCACAAUUGGGUUGUGCUGUGCGCUAUAUACACCAGCAGGGUAUUGUCCACAGGGACAUCAAGCCUGAUAAUGUUUUGCUCGACUCUGAUGGACACGUACAUUUGGCUGAUUUUAAUGUUGCUUCCGAUUUCACACCCCACAAGGCUCUAACAAGCAAGUCGGGAACCCUGGCAUAUCUCGCACCUGAGGUAUACGAGGGCAAAGGCUACUCAUCCGAAGUUGACUGGUGGUCGCUCGGUGUGCUCUUUUACGAAUGCAUUUACAACAAACGGCCAUUCGAGGCCAGUAACCAUGACGGGCUCGCCGAAAAAAUAAAGAAGGGAGAGCCCACGUUCCCCGUAACAAGCCCACCAGUCACCAUGCCUUGUCUGCAUGCUAUCAGUUCGCUUCUGGAAAAGGAUCGCAAGCAAAGAAUCGGCGCUAUCGGCUUCCACACUUUUUCUGACAACCCGUUCUUUAGGCCACUCGAUUUCGAGGCACUGGAACGAAAAGAGAUCGAGCCCAUCUUCAUACCCUCGAGCGAGAAAACCAACUUUGACGCAACGUACGAUCUCGAGGAGCUACUCCUAGAAGAAGCACCCCUCGAAGCGCGAGCGAGGCGGCAAAAACCACGUGAGCAGCUGAAGGACGAUGCAACAGACCAAGAGAUUCGGGCCGAAGAGCUACACAAGAUGAUCGAAACCUUGUUUGAGCCCUUCAACUACACCACCGUAGCGGAGCAACGUCCAGCAGCCGCACCGGGCAUAGUCGCAGUCGUCGAAGAUCCCACGGCCACCAAUCUGAGCAACAACAGCAAUCACACUCCCACCUCGACCUCGUCCCCCAACGACUGGCCCCGCCCUACCUCUCAACCCAAAUCCACCGUCAACGACAAUCUGCGGCCCGCUGUCUCGCGGUCCAACACGAACCACCGCUCCACCACGCACUCCCCCAACGGCAGCCCGCCCCGCCUCCACAACCCCCUCGCCGCGCAAACCCCGACGCCCUUGGGAUCGCCCUCCUCCCAGCGCGGCGAAACCGCAGAUUAUUUCCCCACCGACGACGGCACGAUCCCGCCAUCCUUCUCGCGGCCCAUGAACCGCCAGCGCGGCAGCACGCGCAGCACCAGCAUGGGCGGUGGCGUGCAGGUCGUGCUGAACGAGACGGGCUCGUGGAGCGAGAUGGCGAACCAGAGCAGCGCGAUGCUUGCGGACAAGAACGCGCAGAUGGAGAAGCCGUCGGGGAUGCUCGGCUUUUUAAGCCGGAAAAAGGGACGGGAUCGGAGCCCGAAGGCGAAGGAAAGGGGCGUGUUGGGGAAAGAAGGCGCGAGAGUCAUUAUUAGUAAUACGUGA